ACCCGAUGGCUGUAUUGAUACACUUAAAGUUGAAUAAAACAAAUUAAUCAGAAACUUGAAAGACGCUUGCCUCUCUGUCAGUAAUGUGUGUACUUAACUUGUUUGUGAACUGUACAUCACUUCUCAAUUUGAUACAGCAACUGAAGGCGUCUGGUGACACUAAUGAAGCAGAGCUUCACAGUGAUGGAACAGAGAGCAGUGCAGUCAUAGCCCUCAGGAACCUGGGUCACCAUAGCAACACAUGGUCAAGCAUUAACAUGAUGCCUGAAACCAGCAGCUUCCAGAUGGAGAUGUCUCAACAGAUUGAGAAGUUCACAAGCGAGAUGGAAACCAUAGUCAUGCAAGAGAAGGGGAGCAGUCCUCAGAGCAUUGCCUGUGGUCCUGUGACACAACUUGACAUGCGGCUGAGGAAAGCAGAGCUCAUUAUUCAGAUCCAGUCCAUGGUGGCAUUCCUUACAAAUAAGCUGCAUGAGCACCAGCUGAUGGAGAAGAUUGACUCUGAACCCUCCAUACAAUAACUGCUUUUUAACCACAUGCAGAGGCCAUUUCUUAUGUUGAUGACUUUGACUUUUGUUUGCUUUCAUAUAGGAUAGUGUUCUUGGCUGUAUGUUAUUCACCAAUUGCUUUUGCUUCCAUAAAGUAAACACAUCCAGUAAUAGGUAUGAUGACUAUCUGUCUCCAAGUUUCAUCCCUGAAAGCACUCUGUGCAUUGUCACUCUCUUUGCAGCUGUUUAUUUGGCUCCCCCUGCAACUUGACAAGGGAAAGAAGAAAUUUGUAAUUAUUCAUAAUAAAUACAUUGUAGAUAUUUUCUGACUUA